CUACAGUGAACACUGAACAGUCUAUUCGCCAUCAAAAUGGCGUCAUCGAAGGAAACUUAUUGUUUGUGUGGCCAACCAUAUAAUGUUGGACAAUUUAUGAUAGAAUGCGAUUGUUGCCGUGAAUGGUUCCAUGGAAGUUGUGUAGACGUGCGGAUAUAUCUGUCGGACGAUAUAGACAAGUACCACUGUCCAAAAUGUGCACAGACCUAUGGUCCAUCUAUUUUAAAAAUACCAACAAACAAUCAUCGUGCCGACCGGUAUGAGAUAGAAGCAGAGACAAGGCCAUCUCAAGCUGGCACACCAGCAUGGGUAAGAGCGCUAGCAGCUCGCCCAAUGCGCCCCACGCAAGCUGCAUUGCAGAGAAUGAGACCAGAGCAAUUCACUGAAGAGUUUGUACAGGAUAAUGGUUUCACCAGACCAAUCAUAUUUCACUCCAUUGAGGGGUUAGAUCUAAAAAUUCCCAAUGCAGCUUCAUUCAAUGCUAGAUCUGUUUUAAGAUUUUGUGGUGCUCAGCUGGAGGUUGAAGUAAUAGAUGUAAGGAAACAGACAUCUUUGAGAAUGCCUCUUGGAGAUUUCAUAGAUUACUUCGAGACACCUCCUGAGCAUAGGGAUGAAAAAGUUCUGAAUGUUUUGAGCUUAGAAUUUAGCGAUACAAACAUGGCACCACUAGUAGAGCCUCCUGGCUUGGCCCGUCGAUUAGACUGGGCAGAGCGUGUAUGGGCAGGAGGUGCCAACAUUGCCGAAGGUAGAGCUAGGCCUGCGGUGCAAAAGUACUGUCUGAUGUCUGCGGGGGGAUCAUACACUGACUUUCACGUGGAUUUUGGGGGGACUACAGUGUGGUAUCAUGUAUUGCAUGGUCGGAAGAUAUUUUACCUCAUCCCACCAACAUCGACCAAUCUGGCGCUGUAUCAACAAUGGAGUGCAUCCAAUAAUCAAAAUGAAAGAUUCUUUGGUGAUAUGGUUGAAUGGUAUGGUACUGCAGAGCUGUGUGCCGGCGAGACACUCUUCAUUCCAUCAGGGUGGAUCCAUGCUGUCUACACGCCUACUGACUCUAUAGUGUUUGGAGGGAAUCUGUUACAUUCGUACGCUAUAGAAAUGCAGCUACAAAUAUAUGAAAUAGAGAGUAAAGUUGAAACACCAAUGAUGUUCCGGUAUCCACUGUUUGAGGCCAUGCACUGGUACGCUGGGGCACACGUGCUGGCUAUGUUAAGGCGCCACAAUGAGGAAACACAGGAUGAAGACUUUACUCUGAGUGAGACAUAUAUACCGCCAGCUCAGGUCGACUUGCCCCCGUUGCUGUUGAGAGGGAUAAAGAUAUUAGCAAACGCACUCAAAGAAUGGCAUGCACUUAAAAGUACUGAUGUUAGUAAACGUGACAAUGUACCCAAAUGUCUUAACUCAAGCCAACUGGUCCGCGAAUUGUGCAAAGAGUUACGCGUUUUGGAGAAACGCAGCGGAAAUAGUAAGGAGAAGGAUAAAGUAAAGAAUCAUUCUCCAGUAAAAUCUCAAACGAAAAAACAGCAAUUGUCACAGAAGAAAUCGUUGAAGCUUACAUUACCGAAACCUAUAAUGCACAUGACACAGAAUGGUGACUUUGUUGAAGAGAAAGUAUAUGCAGACAAAUAUUAUAUAGACAAUAAAGAGGUAACAUACCCAGAUAGGUAUGUAACGGACGUGAAAUACGUAAACGGUGACGUCAAAUAUGCAAAUAGUGACGUAAAAUAUGCGAAUAGUGACGUAAAAUAUUUAAGUAGUGAAAUAAAGUAUAUAAGUACUAGUAGUGAUGUGAAAUAUGUGAAUAGUGAUAUAAAGUAUGCUAAUGAGUUGCCAGAUGCAAAGCUUCUGGUGGACAAAGAAGUGUUGCCAGAUAAGUUUGUAUACCAGACUUAUGAUGGGGUAUAUCAGGAGUAUGUUGAUAAGAAGAGCUUGAAAGUUAAGAUAACUAAUUCACCAUCAUCAUCCAGAGAAGAGCCUCCCCCUUACUCACUACCGGAACAUUCUAUACUAAAAUCACAUCUAAUACGGUCAGAGCGAACAUUGAAACCUAUACAACAGUGGACAAUAUCAAAGAAAGACAUUGGGGAUUAUCAUGAGGAGGUUUUGUAUACAAAUGAGAAUUUACCAGCAAAUGUUAGGUUGGAAACACAAGAUAUUAAUUAUGGCCCAGGUAUGUAUUCAGCGGAAGAUAUCCAACAAGACUAUCAGUAUUCGGAGACGGCCAAGCCCGGCUCGUAUCAACAGUAUGGCAUACAGCCCGCUACGGAAGUAGCGUAUGACACUUAUAGAUACGCCGAUGUUGUGCCCACACAUCAGAAUGCAACAUACAGUACGGCGAGUGGCCAGACUCAAAACGGUGUGUACGCGCACACGAUACAGACGCACGCACACACACAACUACCAUCGUACGACGCGGCGAUAGCACACCAAUACACCGCCAACUUUGUGAUAGAAGAACAGAAACCUUCCCAGACAUCGACGCCUGUGCGGCGGUCGGAACGCGCCGUCAGACGCCGGGUGUCCAGUACGUACGAGUACGAGGACGGCGACUUGUACGUGGAUGAGCCAGCGCCCUCACGCCGUCGCCCCGCCAAACACAGACACACACAGAGACAGAAUAGCGCGUCAAACACCGCGAACUACCGAGUGAGCCGGCCUGCGCCUGUCAACGGCAUCGAGUCGCUCAUACAAGCGUCUGUGCUGGCUGAAGAGGAGCAACCCGUCACGGAGACCGAAGACGCAGCUGUGGCCGGCAUGCUCAGCAUCAGCGAACGGUACGAGGCGCAGGCGCCGCGCCUCAGCUUCAGCCCCACAGAAGAGGAUCAGGUCUUGAGGAUCGCCACCCCUCCUCCUGUCUCCAGUAGUACAACCAGCGUAAGCAAACGAGCGCGAAAAGUAGCGGUGAUCAGCGCCGUUGAAGAUUAUGAUGACGAAGAGGAUGUCAUCAAGGAGGUGCAUAGAGAUGAGGAAUAUGUGUAUCCGUCACUGGAGAUGAGUUCGGAUGAUGACGAGGAGUGGAAGUCGCCGCGGAGACACAGGAGCUCGCGGACCAAGAGCGACAAGGCUAAGAGUGAAAAGGACGAGUCGUGGUCGCCGCGCGCGCGGGUCGGUCGCCUGGUGCCGCGCCUGCGCGGGCCGGCCCGCAGCUCCGUGCGGCGCGAGUGUGUCCGCGCCGCACUGCACGCCGCCGCGCAGACCCGGCACCCGCCCGUGUCCGCGCCCGCCGUCGACCCGCGGCACCCGCAGAGUGCGAAGCGCUCCGUGCUCGCAACAAAGAGUCGACGGCCCCCGCCGCCCGUACACACCCCAACAAAUAAUUUAAGACUGAAAAAAGGUAUGAAGACGGCGAAGCAGCGUCUCGGUAAAAUACUAAAGAUACACAAGAUGAUUUAUUAAUAUGUACGUAGCGUAAUAGAUGUGUAAUGUUUUGUAUAUUUCAGUGAUUGUUGCGUCUAGUUCGUAUGUAGCUGUACGUACACGGACCAAUAGGUGUUGUGCAUUUUUUUUGCGCGAAUACUACAAUUAUGUCAGAAAAUGUUAUACCGACCAAUCAUGUAUCAAUGUCGAGGAUACAAAGUGUGAAUAAAAAAACUCGUUCUUUGAUUUUAUACCAAAAAAAAAAUAUGUUGCGAUAGUGAUCAUAAUUUUGAAAUUAUGACAAAAAGUCUUCAAAAUAUAUAAUAAAAUCAAACAUAAUUAUCAUCUACUUAUAAAAAAUAACAAAAGGUCGUUGUAUAUCAUUUCUAACAUUAGGUAGUUUUAAUGUAAAAAGCUUUUUCUAUUCUCACUUUUGUAUGUUGUAUGCUUUGCAUGUUUUGACUGGUCUGGAAAUACUCUUAGUUUCUAAAAACCUACAUUUUUUACACUGGUUGAUCUGGUUCAAUGAUUCCCAGCUGAUUGAAGAAUUUAUAAAGGACUGUAAAUUGCGGGAUGAGUUAAGGCGUGAACAAGAGGAUUGAUGAUAGGAGCAAAGUGCACUAAUCUGGACUAUCACAAGGGUUGCUGAUGGUGCGCAGAUGAAGCAUCAAUCGUCUCUUGUCUGGGAACUGUUCCUUCACACUACAUAGGAACCUAUAUAUUAGUCGAAUCUCAUACUAUUAUCGCUAGUAAAUGCGAUGAUGCGGCGAGUUUAACCCCGCGGUCGGUGAACAGCUGAUUUGCGGUCAGCGAGAAGUACCGUGCGGCGGCCGGAAGGUGUAGAUUGGUUCGACUGUUUACUAUGACUUCAGAAUUUUAUUCCUUGUCUCCUCUCAGCGGCAAUUGAAUUAAAUUUAUUUAAUUAUUUUCAUAGUUUUCAGACUGGUCAAAACAUUUCCUUUUUAUGCAUUGACGUACAAUAGACAACUAUACUUGCAAUCACACUCAAAAAUUUGUCAGAAGCAAAACUGUCUUAAUUAAAAAAUUAUUUUAUUAUUAUACGUUUUCAGUCAUUUUGCUAAAUAAUUAUAUUUCAAUUGCUAAAACAAAAUACAUCGCCAAUUAAAUGUGCGAAAGAGACGUCCGUCUCAUUCAGCACCACUAUCAGUGAGCUUUUUAUGAGCGUAUACAAUGGACUUUGAACAUUACUGCCAUAAAAUAAGGUGUUAAUUUGAGUCAAUGGUUUAAUGUUAUCCGUACCAACGCCACCCGGACAUUUAUGACGACCUUUAAAUAGUCGAUUGGGAGACUAGUUGUUUAAAGUACAUCAAUGUUUUUAUGUGACUUUUCCGGAGUUAUAACGCUCCUACAAAUCACGUGACAUUAAAACUUAAAUUCUUUCAUAUUUAGAUUAGAUGUGUUGUGUUUUUGGGCUGUAAUGUUUGGAGCCUCGUUUUAUAUGUUUUUUUUUAUAUUCGUAUUAGUUAAGUCACAUUAUGAUUAUUAAGAGAUCUGAAUACUGUAUAUUUUUCGAGCACUUAGGUAAUUCGGAUUAGAAGGAUAAUUGUAUAAUACUCUCAUCACCCUUUGACGUUGGACUUGAUUUGUUAUUUAAAUUGAAAUAAAUCUUUAUUGUUUUGUUAAGGCUAAAAAUGAAUUGAUUCAAACCAACAGAGAAAUAUAUAUAUCGUAUCAAAAUUUAAGAACAUUAGAAUGUAAUAUGUGUAAAGAAUAUGACAUGUAAUUAUUUUGUUAUAAUUGUUUUCUUUAAUUUACGACUUUUCUUUAAAAUUAUUGAUAAUGUUGAAAAAUUAAUACAUUAUUAUUAUAUAAAAAAAAACAGUGGGCUAAAACGAUCAUCGACACUUAUUUAUUAUACAUGCUUAGAUAAUUAUACGUCUAGAUAGAUCCUCUUGCUGCUAGACAACCGAUAUAAAACAGGCCAGGUUUAUUAGUUUAGUGUGCGUGACAAGCUACGUCUUACACUCGAGAUUUGUAUAUCACUUUGAGUUAGUAUGCGUGCAUUGCUCAAAAUGGAGGCUAACUGUCAACCUCAAUUAUCUUCGACGUUUACACAACUGUCACAGUCCAUCCAGACGUAUAAAUGGUCUAAAUAAACAUGCUAAAACAAAGUAUUAGAUUACGGAGCUCAGAUAGGUAGCUACGUUAAAACAAAUUUCAAAUACUCAUUGCUCGCUGGGUAUAGUGUUUGCAAUAUUUACUGGCCCACGAGGAGCGUCUUUAUAACAAAGUUUAAGUUAUUUCGCGUCUGUCCCUGGCUCUGCUAUGAUUUAUGACAUUGGCUGUCUAGGGGGCGUCCAUUAAUUGCGUGAGGCAUUUUUGAGAAUUUUUCAACCCUCUUGGUGAGAGAUCGUAAGAUUUUCCCCAACUCCCUCACCCCUCCCCUAAUCUCACGCGAAAUUCUUCAAAUUAUAUUGUUUGGCUGUAAACGUGUUGGAUUAUUGAGUAAAACAAAAACACUACUUGUUCUAUAACUUCUACUAAUUUCCAUAAUUUAAAGUCACAAUCAUAAAUUAAUAAAGUGUAUUAAACAAGAAUUAGGAAAUUCUUUAUUUUAAUUCAGUCUAUGGAGAUCUCGUGCAAAUGUUACACCGUUUUCUGUUAGAAAAAAAUAAUUAAGUGAUAUUUGCCAAGGCCCCCCCUCUCCUCACUAAGUGAGAUUUGGAAUGAUUUAGAUCCCCUCCCCCCUAGAACAUCUUGCAUAAUUGAUGGACGCCUUGGCUGCAUAAUGAUGAACCAAAAAAAUGUACAACCAAUAGGAUAACAUUAUUUGAAUAGUUUACAUAAUAGUAUCUAUGACUGUACAUAAUGAAGGGCAUUGAAAACGAGUGUUUUAAUAAUGUACAGUCACAUAUACUACUUUAUCCACAUAUCAUAAUUCUCCAUGAUGCAUAUUAUGACCACCAUAAAAUUUAAUGGCGGUGAUGAAGUUUUCUGGCAGCUGUCAUAGUUUUUUUAAUUCAGAGACAAACUAGAGUCGGCCCCAACUAUGAUAUCGUUAGAUAUCUUACUUAGUGCAACUUUUGUCAAAUUUGUUUGCAAAUUGACAUUUCAUUUCGAAGUACGAUAGGAAGAACUGAUAUUAGAAUAGGGUCAAUUCAAAUUACUUUGUAUUUCAGAGAUGUUCGAAAUUUGAAUGAAAUUAUAUUAUUGAGAUCGAUGUUAUUAUUUAGCAAUUAUAACAUUUUCAAGAUAAGAAAUUACUUUUGACAGUCUUUUUUUUAUGGUGGUCUUUUUUAUGUGCGAUGUACGAACGCAUCAUGGAGCGUUUAUGAUAUAUAAGUAUAUAAAAGAAAUAUAACCUAAAGAAAUAUCCACCUUUAUUAUCUCCUUAUUUUUUAGUGCGGAAUCGAGGCCAUCCUAUUGGUAGAAUACGCGUAGCUCCAGUAGAAAUGUAUAAAUUUGACCACUAUCCUAAAAUUCUAUACAAAUUAAACUAUCGCGGAUCUAUAAUAUUUUAUUAGCCGUAAACUUAUCCACCUAUUAAGUAUGUCGAGAUAUAAUAUUAUUAUUUGUAGUAAAAAUCUAUUGAAUAUAUAGUUCGUACAUUUAGACUAAGUUUUAUAAGCACUGCAAUCAUAAAAUGCUUAUAACCAGAAAAUUAGGUUGAUUAAACUUUUAUUGGCAAAUAUUGACUUCAAUCAAUCAAUAAUUAUAUUAAAUAAAAUUACUUAGUGUUUGCGGAUGUAUGUCUUGCAAUUCAGUUAGACAAAUUAUAAAAAAAACGUUUCAAAAUGGCUUAUUAUAUAUUAAAAAAAAAUGUUUUGGGUGAUCAAUGUAAGCUUAUAGUUCACACUCACGGGGGAUGAUGACUGUAUUGAAGGUAUUUCUAAAAAUAGCUCUUUUUGAUAUAAUCAUUAAGAUUUAAUAAGAUAUUCCUUAAAAUAAAUGUAUAAAAUACGGCAAUCGGCCAUCUUACCUGCAACACCAUUCUUAUGCUCUAAUACUAAAACCGCUAUGUUUCGAAAAUCUGUCAUCAAGCACAUUGCUAGUGAGGAAUUUGUUCGGAUUGUCCUCCACUACCAUAGAUAAAUUAAAAUGUAAAGAAUUACUUACAUUAAAUGAAAACAUUCAAUGCAUCAUCAUUGUAAAAUUCGUAAUCUUCAGAGAGUUGUUAUAUUGCUCUGACGUACAAACCGCUGUUUUGUUACAAAUUAUUUUUCCGUUUAUUUAGUAUUUAAGUACUUCAAUUAUAAGUUAGAUUUCUUUGUUUUGUUACAAACGGUACAAGGUUUGUUUUCCAAUACGUCUUUUAUUCUAGUUAUCGAAAUGGAUGAAUCAUCAUACUAAAUAAAUAUCCAAAAAAAGUCGGAAUGUGUUGAAUAGCACUUAUAUUUCAUAAAAACAGCUAUUAAGAUUGUAUAACAUGAACCAAAUUUACAAAAUAAAUAAAUAUCCAAAAAAAGUCGGAAUGUGUUGAAUAGCACUUAUAUUUCAUAAAAACAGCUAUUAAGAUUGUAUAACAUGAACCAAAUUUACAAAAUAAAUUAAAUUUCAUAAGUGACAUAAUUAAAAUACCUACAAAAAUAUUGGUUAGCAUUUUAACAGUAUUGAAAAUAAACUACAGAACCUUCUUAAUUUAAAUAUAUAAAUUUCUUUUGAUGCUCGACCUUGCGGCUCAUGGACUAUGCUAACAACCUCCCUUUGGUUUUGACAUUAUUAUAAUAAACACAUUUCAAGAGAGUAGACCGAAAAUAGAAACCAUUGAAAGUAAAAUCCGCGUUAAUACAUUUUUGCGUGGUAUAUGGGCGUGGCGUCCGUGACGCGAUCAAAAUUAACCAAUCACACCGCUUCUCGCUAAUAGAGGUAUAGUGGUAUGUGCACUGUAUAUUAUACGACUAAAUUCUACGAUAAUUGUGUUGUGUAAAUACCCAGAUGCAGCAACUCUCAUGGUUUUGAUUUGAAAUACUGUUUGAUUUUUACACCACAAAAUAAUUAAUAAAAUAAAAUAAAAAUACGUAUUAUUAUAUAUUAUACCUACAUUUCAGGCAACGACUUAUUAAUUUCAUCAUUUAUAUAAUAUAACUGAAAACAAGCUUUGUAUCGUGUAAAUUAUUGUUAGUUUUUAUACAGGGUGUUACAUUAUCAUCACAAAUCAGUUUAUAUUUAACUAGUUUAGGUAAUCUUUUUACUAAGUGAUUUGCGCUAAUUAUGUGUAACUUACAAAUAUUAGUUCGAGGUGCGUAUAAUAUAAUAUAGUAUUAUAGAUGAUUUAGUAUGUUUAGUUGUGGUUUUAUAUUUUUUAUAACCUAUGAUAUUCGAUUCUUAUCCUGACAUUACAUCUUGAAUGAGAUAUUGACAUUAUCAAUUGUAUCAAUAUAAUAUUGAUUAUAUUAUAUAUCUUAUUAAAGGUGGCAGUCACAUAGCCCACAAGUUAUUCAUCCAAUAAUUGGGUGAGGAUAAAUUGAAUAAACAGUAGGGAAUAUGCAUUUUUAUAUUAAACGUGCAAAAAUAACUCAAAGUAUUUAAAAAUACGUGCCAUUUACUACGACGUUAUUGUUCAUAACAGCGUACAAACAAGUGUAGAGUGUAAUUUUACGACAAAAUUCACUCUGGCACCGCUUAUCAAAUAUUUGAUAUACCCAGGUUUUAGGCACUUUCUAAAAUUGAUUUCUUGCCUGUUAGAACCAUAAUUCCAAUGGAAUUAAGUUCACUAUACUUUUUUCACUCACUCUUAUAUUACUAUUAUGCAUGCGCCCUAUUGUUGCAUUGUAUUUAAAUAUUAUAACUGUUUAAUAUAUGUUGGCUGUGUGAUUGUUGUCCAGUUAAAACUUAUAAUAUAUAUUUAUAAUUUGAGUUAUGGCUAUGACACACGAAAGAAUCUGUAUGAGCUAGUGAAUUUAGCGCUAUAUGAUGACUUUUAAAAUGCUUAUACUGUACCUAUAAAAUGGGGUGUAUUGAAACUGAGGGUAGAUGUAAAGUAUGGACUUAAGGAGAAGUGUCUUUUUUUAUUCUCUGCGUGACCAUAGAAGCUAGCCAUGUUGAAUCUUAUAACGUAAUGCUAGGAUUUAAUUUACAUUUGCUUUUGUGCUUAUUAUUUACUUUGACAUGAUAAUAUAUCUAUACAAAUGGUUUAAGUUUUCUUAAGUGUUAAUAAAACGAGACAGUCUCGUGCAAGAUUUUGGCGAGACAACACGUCCUGAGGAUGCCUCGUGUAGAGGCGAAACACGUGUCGAAUUGUUUUAAAAACAAAUAUUGGCGGAAUUAACACUAAAGAAAACUUAAAUUUUAAAUUUGUAUAAUUAUGGAUUUCCGCAAAGUAACGCCUAAUUCAAUAAACUUUCUAUGAUAAUAUAUCUAAAAUAAAUAUGAAUGCCUUGAGAAUGGCGCUAGUGUAGCAAAACGGUAUGAAAUGAAGUUAGCUGAUGAAGGAGUGAAAUGCGCCGACUAUAAUAAAAAAUCAAAUUAAUGUGUUUAUUGUUAUUAAAGUUUAAAAUAUCAGUUCAAAUAAUACCAAAAUGGGCGUAAAAUUAAAAACCGAAAUUAAUUGAAGAAAGAAGAAAAUUGUGAUUAUCUCUGGGGCUCCCGCAAAAAUACUCGCUACUGCGUAGCGUCAUCCAAAUUUAAUGCGUUUUAAGUUUUAACAGACACUUGAAUACUCACUUUCUUGAUAUUGUCGCUUAUUUCUCUACACCCCGUUGUAUUUGUGACAGAUAUAGAUAUAACAAGUAUCUAUAAUUUGAACACUAAUUAAUAUAACAAACUUUUAUCAAUUGUAAUAUUAAUUUACUGGCACAAUCCUAAGUGAUAAGGGGAAAGGAUAAAAUUUACAGCUUUUGUUCGGUGUCAUUCUCAGUUAAGGACUGUUAUUUUACAAAUGGCAAGUUGACAUUCCGCCAUAUUGUCAUAGAUAAUGUUUGCACUUAAAAUUUAUCGCAGCAGAGUAUCCAUAAAAAUGGCCGCUAUUUAUUUGUCAAAUCGAUAAAUAUAUUUUUAGUGGUGUAAAUUAUAUUUUUGCAAUAGAACCAAACUGUAAGAUUUGUAAUUCUUAAUCCGUAUUAUUGUAAUAAUACCCUGCUAAGUGUAAGGUGUCUAUCUAUGUAAGCUAAACCACAGAUUAUAAUAUAAUAUUAAGUGUCAUGAGAGCAUAGAGUAUAAAAUGUAUUGAUCUAUCUAUAAUAGAUGUAUGUAAAUGUUGAUGUGAUGGAAAAGAUGAAUUUUCUAGACGUG